UCUUGCAAAAAUAUUGCCAUAAAACCAUAAAAAAAGUAAAUAUCAAAAAGCAAUAUGUCUAAUUAUGAGUGAUAAACAGGUAAAUUGUCUUCUCAUGAUCAUGAACCGCGACACUGCCUCCUUCGGAUUUUUCAAAAAAUUAACCUUCAAAUAGCGAAGGGAGUUUGUGACUAGCUGGGAGCAGUAAAAUCAGAUUAACUAAAAUGGCCAAAAAUAAAUCCUUUUCCGUUUUUACUUUUUCUUCGAUUCGUUAAGUAAAUUAGAUAGGAACUUCGUUUACCGACUGAUCGGAAUGAGUGGCACAUACAGAAGGACUGGGUAUGAUCCAAUGUGUAGACAGCUUUUUAAUCUUUCAGUCCGGCAUUGAAGUUUUAAUUACUGUCCGACUUUUCAAGAAACGGCGUCCAAAACAAAUCUAUGAAUGGGAACAACAAAAAUAUAUAAUUAUCUUUGCGGUUUUGACAGACUGUCAAAGACAAAAUUUAACGUUUAUAUGACUCUAAAAGGGAAACAUGAUUUUCGUUUUAAUUUGUCACGUGUGGGAGGCAAAUAAAAAUCUAAGUCCCUUUACGAACCUUCCCCAUGCUUCAUCACUGAUUUAGGCAGAACUCGCUGCUGAAUUAGGCCAUCUGACUAGGUUCACAUGCGACAACUUUUCUGCACUUAGCAGGGUCGAAUAAAAAAAUGCUUAACUGUAAUUAAACAAACGUUUCCGUUUUAAUAAAAUUGCGAAUCAGUGAACCCCAAGUUAAAAAUGAUCGUUGAUUGAAAUAAAUUGAUUGAAAAUAAAGUAAAUAAAGCUGACGAGAUCAAAAUACAUAAUGGGAAAGAUGCUGUUCCAAUUGUUAUAGGUUGCCGGAGGAAAUCACCUGAAUAAAUAAUGAUGAUCCUCACAAUGUCCCAGUUAAAUGACGCGGCAGUGGGAAAAAGUUUCUUAAUUGUGAAGGAGUGACCUUGAAGGUGAGUCCGGCCACUGCAGGUCAGUAAUGCUGAGAGUUUAAAGGAAAUUUUUUGAAUAAGGACAAUGAGAGUGUGAACGACUUAACAAAAAUAGUGCUUGGGACAUGUAUUGCUAAAGGAAAACAUACGCAAAGCAGGGGAUAUCAAAACAGUACAGAUCAUCGACUUUGUUCUUUUGCUAAGAAUCAUUUAUGGUAUGAGAGGAUUGUAGUGUGGAAGAAUAUUUCGAAGGAAAAUAAAAAGUCACUGUAGUUGUUUUUCGCCCAUCUGAUCGGUUAUUAUUUGGUGCAGAGUCUAAAUUUUCAGCAAAAGUAUCGGCUGAGCCAAACUGUAAAACUGUUUCAUACAGCUGGUGAGGUUGGUGUAUUUUACUUGACUGAGACUAACCCUCGACUACACAACAAGUACUUUUCAUCUCCACAUUUUACCACAAAAGAUCAAGUAAAUAUCAGAGUUAAGAAAAACUUGACAAGACUGAACGGCCUCGAAAAGAUCGAACUUUGUCGCAUAUAUUUUUCUUCCAGCUUUCCUCCUAUACAUUUUUAGCAAAAAGAGAUUUAUCUAAGUUACUAAAAAGAGAUCCUGUAUGCGCCACAAAUUAGGAGUGUCAAGUAAAGCCGAAGGUAGUUUGAACUGGUGAAGCUGAAAGACUUUCCCAUUCAAAGAAUACCGCGUUCAUAAGCAACUGUAAACAGCUCCAAAGGCUUUGUUGCUUGGGCUUGCCUUGAAUGUACAAGCUUAAAUACCUAAGAUCUUCCUAUUUUAAGAUCAUACAUCAGGUUGGCAAUUUCCUGUCGGGCUUUGUCCAUUUACCAGAACUGUCAUCUGAGUUCAUUAGUUAUGGAACUUUCUUCUGUGAAAAGUCAACAGAAGGUACAAACAGUAAUUUUUACGUUUAUUCGGCAGAUUGCGAUUUGUCCCGCUCAGAAAUCAGAAUUCUAUGACAAACAUCAAAGAAGUUUACUUAACAAGACUGAAAGACUGUCUUUUGGCAUCUGACUGAGUGCCUGAUUGCUUCUAAAACAAUAACAUUUGACAAGCACCUUAUCAGAUACCUAAACCUUCAAAAUUGAUUUAAAUGUUUAAAUUUAUUUAGUUUAACAGUAUAAACCAAGAGAAUAUAAUGUCUUGUAUAAUCUGAGUCAUUUUUUCCAAGAUCAUGAAAUUUUUGGCUCAGGCUGGAAAGGAAUACUUCUGCUCGGACUUGGUUAAUCGUAAACAUCUAAUUGUGCCUUAUCAAUGUACCAGGUAGAGACCACUUUCAUCUCAUCUCUGAAGUGAGCUAUGCCUACAAUACUGGAUUCUAGUAUGCCAGAGGGCACCAGGACAGUGAUCAUAAUGCAUACCAUUUUGGAGUAUUUCAAGUUGCAUAUUUUGUUUCAUUAUUAAGGUAGAGACUACUUUCAUCUCAUCUCUGAAGUGAGCUAUGCCUACAAUACUGGAUUCUAGUAUGCCAGAGGGCACCAGGACAGGGAUCAUUGUUUUGCAACUCUUUUAUGGACUGUUUUUCAUCAUAGGAAUCUUUGAGAACAUUCUUGUGUUUCCUGAAAUCAAAAAGAACAAGGGGCGACAAAAUUUGACAGCAAACAAAGUGUUAAUGUUGCAUCUUACUUUUGCAGAUUUAUUCAUACUGAUCACUUUCACUCCAGCUCUCUUUUACGUAGACUUCGAUGUCGAGUACUCAACAAUGAUUGCAUGUCGCGUGAUUAUUCCAAUGAUUACAUUUUACCCGUUUCUCCGGGUGUCCACACAGGUUGUUAUCGCCAUUGAAAGAAGGCGCGCAAUCGUGACCCCACUUAAAACUCGCUUUUCAAAGCGGGCUGUUGCUGUCAUGCUGAGCCUAUGCUGGCUGUUGUCAGCGGUACUGACUGUCCCUGUCAUGUAUAACGCCUCAACAGUUGGUCCACUGUCUUGUUCUGAGGAUAAGAACCAAAACAAAAACUAUCGAAUCGCGUUCUACACAUUGAGAACCGCGAUUUCCUUGAUGAUACCACUGGUCAUUAUUGCUGUAUGUUACAUUCAAGCGGCCUUGGCUCUCAGAAAAUCUAGAUUCUGCGUCUUAAAAGAUUUAUCAGAAACAAGCACAUAUCAACGUGAAGCAAGCCGACAACAACAUGUCCGUGUGUGCAAAGCAUUCUCCAUUAUGGUUGCUGUAUUUGCUUUUUCCACCGGUCCGUUGAAUGUGAUCUGUAUGUGGGUAGCAUUUGGCAGCGGCAAGUACAAACCUCUUGAAGAUCAAGCGCUAUUUUGUUUUGUUGCUAAUUUUCCAUUGUUAUUUACAAGUUUUCUUGAUCCCAUUGUUUACGGAGCUUAUUGCAGACGUGGUUUCUGGUUGAAAAAAGCGUGGUGCGGAAUUAUGCAUUGGAAAAGGAACUCCUUUACUUUAUCAGAUAAAAAAUGAGACCUUGGUGUUACUGCAGGGACUCGGAACGACCUCAUAUGAAACGAAAUAUUCAGAAGAGCAACGUUUUUCAUAGCCCUGAGAUUGACAAAGUGAAUGAUGCAAAGUGAAUGAUGCUAGGAUUGACUCGGUGGUUUGAGAAAGAAGCAAAGUAGUUUUGCAAAUAAACCUCCCAGGGUGGCAACAGCCCUUAUCGCAUUUAGGCCCACUGUACGAAAGCUCAGCAGAUUUUGAAGUUUCGAAACGAGGCUACAGGUCACGCAGGUAAAACUUUCAAGUAAAAUCGAAGCAAACGGCUACGU